GAUUCAUCUCCUUCACCUCUGGUAGAAUAUCACUUGUCAUCAUGUCAGUCCCGUCGAGCGAGCCGCCGGGCCGCCUCAUCUCGCACUUCAAGAACAGAGGUCGGGAACAACAAGGCCUGGGGUGGUCGGCUCUCUGGGAUUCCGAUGAGAGCAGUCUCUGGGAUCGUGGCGGGCCAUCGCCAGCUCUCAUAGAAUUUGUUGAGAGCGGCCAUCCCCUCUUGCCAGCUCUAGUCGGGCGGCAUCCUCGGGCACUCGUCCCGGGCUGCGGCAAAGGGUACGACGUGGCCAUGCUCGCACUUCACGGCUACGAAGUAUAUGGUCUCGAGAUCUCAGAGACGGGCGCUCAGGUAGCGCGCGACUACAUCGCCGCCGAGCUUGCCGAGCCAAGCGAGCGCAACUACGGCGACCCGACGCAGUGGCCAAAAGUCGAGGUUGGAAGCGUGAAGAUCAUUACGGGCGACUUCUUCGGACGCGAUUGGGAGGAUGAGCGCGAUGGCUCGGCAUUUGACCUCAUUUAUGACUACACCUUCCUCUGCGCGCUGUUACCCGAGAUGCGUAAAGACUGGGCCCGGCGCAUGAUCCAAUUGCUCUCACCUACUGGCAUCCUCGUCUGCCUCGAAUUCCCGCUGUACAAGGACCUGGCCGCCGUGGGGCCGCCGUGGGGCCUGCGCGGCGUGCACUGGAACCUGCUCGCGCAGGGACGGGACGGGCGCAUCACGGAACCGCCCGAGGAGACAGAGGAACCGGCGGGGAAGAUGAGGCGAGUUGCGUACGUGAAGCCGAAGAGGUCGUACGAAAGCGGGAGAGGGUAUGACAUGAUCAGCGUGUGGAAACUGAAGGGCUAGACUAGAACACCGACACGGAAAUAGAGGGCAUGUAAAUGCUUUGUUCUUCUGAGCGGAAUGGGUCGAUACGAUGCCCCAACCUUUUCUUGUACAUAUCACCCGCUCGGAUUUCUAUCCGGAAAAGGUGGAAUGCGGCAACCGUGGAUUUCUUUCUCGAAUUUCCUAUCCGCCUCAUGACAUACGGAAUUUAUCGGUAACUCUGCGACAAUACACGUUUCUGCGCGCCGCCA